GAAAAAUGAAAAUACAUUCGCGUUAUUAAUAUAAUGUAUAAUUUUAUAUAUUAGAGUAUAAAUAUUAAUAAUUCUACUAAUCAUAUAUGGAUUGGAGUGUUUGUAUAUGUGUUUGCUAUCUUUAUUGCUACUACAAUUCUAAUUGUAAAAAUUGUUAAACAAAAUUGUUGGUUGUAGAUUUUUAGCAUCAAAAUGGGCAACUGUUUAAAGUAAUAAAAUAUUUAUGUUGAUCCUUUAAAUAUUUGUACUCUUUGGGUGUAAAAUGGGUACAACAAUGGGAAAAAAUGGCCAUUUCCUGGAUGCCCUACCAUCGCAGGGCACAUUACAUGUUGUAAUGUUGGGUCUUGAUUCGGCUGGAAAAACUACUGCUUUGUACAGACUAAAAUUUGACCAAUAUUUGAAUACUGUUCCCACAAUUGGUUUUAACUGUGAAAAAGUACAAGGCAUGGUUGGUAAAGCUAAAGGAGUGCAAUUUCUAGUAUGGGACGUGGGAGGACAAGAAAAACUGAGACCUUUGUGGAGAAGUUAUACACGAUGCACGGAUGGAAUACUGUUUGUGGUAGAUUCUGUGGAUGUUGAAAGAAUGGAAGAAGCAAAAAUGGAACUUAUGCGCACUGCAAAAUGUCCAGAUAAUCAAGGUGUUCCGGUCCUAAUAUUGGCUAAUAAACAAGACUUACCUGGUGCUCGCGAACCUAAAGAACUGGAGAAGCUGCUAGGAUUACACGAACUGCUUACACCAAAUUCUAUCAAUAUAAGUUCGGUUCUAAAAACGUGUUCCUCUUCCACUGGCAAUAUUGUAGCUUCUACGAAAGCCAUAGAAACUGAAAACGAAGAAGACUACGGUUAUGGGGAAAUAGGUGUUGGAAAUACAUCUUCUUCCGUUAUCAAUUCAAAGCUGUCUUCAUCGUCACCAUCCAAUCAACAAAGCACCCGCGUAAUUACUGAUAUGCAAAAUAAAGCGCCCUCAUUAAAAAAUUAUUCAUCGACUUCACUACUAGACUCCUAUCAUUAUCAACAACAACAGCAACUUAAAUCAAAUCAACAACAUACUUCGCAAAAGUCGCUAGUUACGCACGAAUUACAGACAAAUUUAGUAACUCACCAGUCUUCUCCCUCCUCACUAGUAUGUACUCCAACCUCAUCCAAUAUACCCAGCAGCUGUAACAUUACCAAUAAUACUAGCCAUCAUAAUGACAAUAUUUCUAAAUUGACACCAUCUGCCACAACAUCAAAUAUAAAUAAUUCUGCAAUAUUACAAAAGUCAUGCAGUAAUGCUAGCAACAUUUCAACCCAAUACAAGGGUUGGUAUAUACAACCUGCAUGUGCUAUUACAGGCGAAGGAUUACAAGAAGGACUUGAAGCUCUAUAUGAUAUGAUUCUAAAACGACGUAAAAUUCAAAAGAUCCACAAAAAGAGACGGUAAUAUUUAUCAAAACUGGAAAUAUUGUAAAUCAUGUUAAAUAUUAAAAAAAAAAAAUUUACAAAUGUAAUGAGAACUGGGCAACGCUUAGAACUUGAUAUUGUGAUUUAUAAUGAAAUACGUUUGCAAAUAUGUAUUUGCGAUUUCUAUGUAUCCAAAUUAAAGAUGGAACGGUCAAAUUAUAUAAAAGUUCUGAUAAAUGAUAUGGUGUUCAUAUCUGAAAUCAGUAUCAAUGUACUAUGUGCGAUUUGCUACACAUAAAUUUUUUUUCGACACUAUGCUCAAGAAAUAACAGUCGUAAAACAUAUGGGCAUUACACGAGUCAAUGACUUUGUUUUAGUAGAUAUUUUUAAAUUAAGCAAUUACUCAUAAUGAUGAUAUAAAAUGUUCGUACAUAUACCAGAAUUUUUUUACGAUUGAAAGUGAAUUCCUUAAUUUGUUCAUUAGAUAUAUACAAUGUUGCCAAAUUUAAAACGAAGUGAAAUGUUUAUAUACAAGAGAAAGAGCUUAAUAAACUGUUGUUUACUUCUAUCAUUGCACAUGGAAGUUAGUGAAUUAAAACAAAUAAAAAUUAAGUAUGGAAUCUUUAACAGAUUCAAAGGAAUUUGUUUUAAACCCUUCCCAAAGGAAUCUUCUAAAUGUUAAACAUUGAAAUGAAUAUCACUUUUAUUUUGCACCAAGAAAUUUAUUUUAUUUAUUGGCAUACGCAUUUACAAUAAACAUACACUUAUAUACUCAUUUACUUAAAGAGUAACCUAAUUGAGAUAACGUAAUUUUCAGUAAUUUUUUUAUGUUUUAAAUAACUGCACUUAAUUUGUCACAAAUGAUUUUGUUAUAAAAAAAUUAAUUUGUAGGAAGCUGAUAAAAUCGGGCUUUAGCGCCGUAAAUACAAGUUAUUUUUAAAUCGAAUAACUUGACCAAAAUAUUUAAAGCAAAAUUCGAAUGACUAUGUCGGAAUGAUAAUAUUCUUUUAAUGAUACAACCAAAAGGGUUCAAUUUAUUAGAAGCUGACAGUUAAUGACACUGGUCCUGUAAAAAUUAUUUUCCCCGUCCGACUACUAUUACUUUAAUCAAUGCAGAAUGCUCUACUAUUUUGCCCACAAAUAAAAAAUACAGCAUAAAUAAAAAAUACAAGUUAUAAAUAUAAAAGUUGUAUUUUAAAAUGUCAUAAUUGGUAUAAUUUCACAAUUUUAAUUAACAUUGCUGUACCUAACAUCGUUGAUUUUAGUUAAUAUUAAUUAAAAUUGUGAAAUUAUACCAAUUAUGACAUUUUAAAAUGCAAUUUAUUGUUUUGUAAAUCAUAUAAUUUCAAGUUCUCCAAGGCAAAUAUUUAUAAUAUAAAAAAACUAUUUAAAAUGUCGUGGUAGCACCGCGGUAUUUUUCGAUACCAAAAAGUACUCAGAAAAGUACAAUAGUCUAGCAUUAAAUGAGCGAGACACAAAUAUGUGCCUCUCAUAAGUAUUCGAAUUUAGGUAUCCUAUGGAAAGAAACCAAAUUUAAUAAUAUUUUUUGUGUGCAAAAUAAAUAAAUACAUUUGUUAUAUCAUCUAGGCAGUCCUUAGGUUUUAUAUCACAAUUUUUAUUACUUGAAAAAUCUACAUUUAUUUAAAUUAAUUAAGCUUUUUUUUUAAAGGAUGUCCAUAUAAUUACCUCACAAAAGUAUUAGAAUUUUUCCUGUAUUUCACAUUUUAUCAUAUUAUACGAAACAUAAAAUUAGAAUCUAAUGUUUUUUUUUUGCUUAAAAUUGUUUAAGGGGUUACUAUCAACCGAAGGGAUAUAUUUUUAGAGCCUUUAUGUAUUGCAAACUUUUCCGUCUAAAACAUAACCUAUGAGCAGUUGUUUUGACAAAUAUUACUUUUAUCAAAUGAAAACUUUUUAAAACAUUGAAAACCAUACCAUAAUAAUAUUAAUAAUAUUUAAAAAACAAACCUUACAAUUACCAUUUACUUAAAAAGUACGAUUUGAUUAUUUUAUGGUUUUUGUUAAUUGUAUUUUUUUCACUUUUUACUUAGUUUUAAUUGGCCAACACUCGGUUGAACCAAGAAAUAAGUAACGUGACUGAUUACUGAAACAUGUAAAAUUUGGAUAAAACGUUGUUAAAACAAAGAAUGUAACAAACUAGUAUUUCUUAAAAAAAUAACGUAUCGGUUUAAACAAAGAAUGUAGAUCUUUGUCUGAAAGCACCGACCUAAGUAUCUUAUAAGGUUAACGGAACUUUUUAGUCAAAUACUAGCAAGUAAAAUAAUUUUUAAAGUUUAUAUUUAUGCUUCUAAUGUUACCACAUUUCACAUCUUUUAUAAAAAAUACGUUCCGUCGCUAAAAUGGCAACGUACAAAAACGUGACUGCGAUGGUAAUGCAGUAUGCAUACAAUCGUAAAGCAUUAAAAUGAAAUUGCAUUUCUUUUUCUUUUAUUUAUGAUUCAGUUUUUUGUUGAAUAGAUUUUUUAAUCGAAAUGCCAAAUAGAGGUAAAUACAUACGUUUUGCAAAUGAUCUAGAAGCUGUUUGAUCAGAAUGGUGCCGAAUUUUUUAUUACAAAAAGGUAACAACAUACAUAAAUAUUUUAAAUGGAAAAUACAGAAACGCUGGUGUAAAUGCCAAAUAGAGGUAAAUACAUACGUUUUGCAAAUGAUCUAGAAUCUGUUUGAUCAGAAUCAACACCUGUGGUGCCGAAUUUUUUAUCACAAAAUGGUAACAACAUACAUAAAUAUUUUAAAUGGAAAAUACAGAAACGCUGGUAUAGAAGACAUUAAAAUUGUAUGUUCUAGUAGUGCCUCUUUGGUAGGAAGCUUUUGACCAAUUCAAUAUAAAAAUAUAAAAUAAUAGUAGUCUACUGCAGUCGUCUACUGCAUUAGAAAAUACACAAAGUUUUAAUAAAUUGAGAGUAUAACAUAACAAUAAAAUGAAAUAUAUUCUUAAAAAUAUAUAUAAAACUAAAAUAGAGUGUGAAACAUAAUCCUACACAUCAGAAUACAAAAAUAGUAAUUGUAAAAUAAAAUAAAAUUAUUUUUAAAGAUGUUCUUAAUUGUAAAUUAAUUAUAUAUAUUAAUAUAUUAUUAAAACAUUUACAUUAUAGAUGAAAUGUUAACCUUUAUUGCCAAUUUUUUAAUAAGAAAAUUGGCAUUUUUAUUUUCCUUCAAUCUAUAGGUAAUAAUAAACAUUUGAACAAAACAUUCAAUAGAAAUGGGCUGAUACAUAACUGAAAUAUUUUAUAUUUUAUUUACAAACUAAAUAGUUUUUUGACAACUUUUGAAAGUUGUUAUAUUUUCUUAAAUUUUUAGUGGAAAAAAAAUAUUUUCAAUAAUUUUCGAGGAAGUUCUUAGAUUUUUGUUUUCAAAUUUAAACAUUUUUAGAAAAGUUAAAUAAAAAAAUCGAUGUUGUAUUUUUUGAUAUUUAUUGCAAAAUGGUGAGGUUUAUUUUUACGGAAACGUAUUAAACAAAUUAUAUUAAUUGUGAGAAUACGGUAGUAAGCAAUGCCUCUACAAUUAAUAAAAGCGGUGCUUUAUUUUUUCCACCGCUAUAUUUUUGAAUAACUUUCCAUGAAAGCGUUAAAUAUGCAUUUAUUUUGAAAAUAAUUUGAUAAAAAUGAAAAUUUAAAAUUUUCCAAUUACAAAAAUUUUAACUAAAAAUGUACCACAAAAUUAAUUAAGUACAAUAUUACGAUUUUGCAAUUGUAGAAUGGGAAUUUUUUAGAUCGGCAUUAAAAAUAUUUUAAUAACUUAUUUUUUUGAUGUAUAAAUGUGUGUUAUUACCUACAGAUGAAGAAAAAUUACAAUAUAUACAACUUUACUUCAAUAUGGAACUUUUUUUAAACUGGAAAACAUUUCCCUAAUGGAUCAAAAAUGAUUAUUUAUGCAAAAUUAUGGACUGCCAUUAUUCCAUUAGUUCUUCUAGUUUGCACGCAUAUUACGACUUGAAAAAAGAAAUUACUAAAAGAGACAAAGUAAAACAAUUCAUUCUGAAUUUAAAAUAGAAAUUUGUGUGAGGAGCGGGUUUCAUUUGUAAGGAAUAGGACUUGUUAAAAAGUGUUAUUAUAUAACAUUGUCAUAUAAAUUACCCUUCCUUAAUGUAGAUUUCAACAAAACUGUGAAUACACUAUCUCAUCGAAUUUUGAGGGUGCUGUAGCUUAAGUGGUUAUCAUGUUGAUCAAUAAGCCUUAUUUGGUUCGCGAGCCCUUGAUUCGAUCCCCAGCCGCUGCCAAUCAACAACAUCAAUUAAUGAUAAAUUGUUAGUAUCUAUUAGCCCUCCUUCGGGGGUAUACUCUAUAGAAUUAAAUCGUCGCCGAAGUAAAAUAAAUAUAAAUUGGCUAUAAAAAUAAAGCUUAAUGUUAAUGCGCCUACUCGACACCAGAGGCGCUGCAACACUGUCCUUAAAAUAAACUUUACGUACAAUUACAGAGUCGUAAAUUAAUAACGCUUUCUUCUAUUCUCCACUUUCACCAUCUUCCUGCUCUACUCAAUCCCAUUCCAAGGAAAGUAACAUCAGGCAUUAAUACCUGAGUGUUACUUCUCUUAAAAAAAUAACGGUAACAAACCGAGGAAUGUUCUGUCUUUAGACAAUUUCGUCCUUUGUAGCAAUUAUUGACCAAAUUAAAGGUGGAUAUUGCGGCUGACAGUACUAAAAAAUAUUUAUUCAAAAUAACAAAAGUAUCGGUGUAUUUUUUCUUUAAAUCUUAAUUUUUCUCAUAUACACCAUUUUUUUGUCCAAUCAAUGGAUUUUUUACAGUAAGAUUCACGCUGGCAGAAAUCAAAAUUUUUCCAGAUUAAAAAACGCAAAAGUUGCUAUAUUAAAGUAAGUUUUUAUAGAUAUAUACAUUUCUUUUUUUCUAUACCAAAGAAACUUUUAGUUAUUUUUAAAUAAAAACAAAAUAUUAUAAAAAUGUAUGUCUAAUAUAUAUCAUUAUUAAGUAAAUAAAGUAAGAAAAGUGAUGUAAGUUUUCCAAAUU